AUGUGGCGCACCUUCAAUAUUCUGUGGCUACUUGUGGCUCUCCUCCAUCCAUCUAACACAUACCCAGCUCGUGCGUACGAUGGAGCGGAAACAUUCGCAAAUAUCACAAAGCUCAUCGAAAAAAUUCGUAUGGAGCGCGCAAUCGAAACACUGGUGGUCUUUGAUGAUGAUCUCGAGCAGGGAUUCUGCCUGGACGACGCUACUUUAAGAUCACUAAACACAAAUAUUUCCAUUAUCUUGCUGAGAGCGACAAAUCACUGCAACCGGCAGGGUUCCGAUGUAAAUCGUGAAAUGCUGGUAGUGCGUUGUGUGAGUGAACCCUUCCGUCCGCAAUUUUUGGCUAAAAUGAUAGAUUGUCUUGGAGUGGAACGGCAAGUGCGCAUUCUUUUUAUGUGGCAUGCACACUAUGUGAAACAAUCGAAGCGUAGACGCAACGAACUACAGCAACAACGGCAGAAACUUUUCGAAUACUGUGCACGCAAGAAGCUGCUGAAUAUCAUGGGCGUUUACAGUGACUUCGAAAGCGAUGGGCACUUCUAUACAUACACUCACUUUCCGAAUUUCCAUUUGAAACAGCAAACGUUGUGGCAAGAACCUUGUUUUCCCGUACGCGUGAAGGACAUGCAGGGCGCUGCCCUCCGUACGCUGCCUGAUCAAAAUGAGCCGCGUUCGAUAGUCUGGCGUGACCACUUAGGCCGGACCCAAAUAGGUGGUUUCAUGGCGAGAAUUAUUAAGGCAUUUGCUGCGAAACAAAACGCAACCCUCAUCUACCCAACAACAGUUGAACCGGACGUCACGUACGAGUAUGCGGAGAUAUUCAAAAUGCUACAGAAUGAAACGCUCGAUGUGUUGAUGGGAUUGACUGGCAUUGGUUGGAUGUUGAAUAGCUCGGAAGUCUCAACACCUCUACUUCCGCUCUUCUGGACACUCAUGCUGCCGCUGCCACCUCUGCCACCCACUAGAGAUAUUUUCCUGCUGAUAUUUAUAUCAUUUCUCGGCAUCGUCAUGCUCCUACUACUGGUAAUCUUCUCAAGUCUGCUCACCUUGGAAGCUGUUCGCGGGCUUCGGCAUCGUUCGUGUAAAAGAAGCUUCAAUUUGUUUUUGCGUACGCUUACGAAUGUAACACUGCGCAGCAUCCUAGGACAGGCGACACAUCUGCCCAUUUCAACUACGUCCCUGAAGCGGUUCAUCUGUAUUUUGCUCUUUAUAGCCGGCAUCUAUGUGAACACAAUCAGCACGGCCUAUCUGCAAACAUAUCUCACCAGCAGCCCCAGGGCACAGCGGGUCAACACCUUUGAUGAACUCCUCCACAUACCGACGCGUAUACGAAUUUCUUUAACCGAGUACACCGCUCUAAAAGAUUUUGUUGGGACGGAAUUUGUUGAGAAGUACAAAAAUGUAUUUCUCAUUACGUCAUCCAUCAACGAUUACUAUCAACAGCGUAAAACGUUGGACACACACUAUGGCUACACGGUUACGAGUUCUUUGUGGACGGCGCUGGAGGAAUUUCAAAGAGACUUGGGGAGGCCACUAUUUUAUAUUAAUAAAAAUAUGCAUUUGGCAGGCAAUUUGCAGAUGGGCGUACCCAUGGGCCCACAUUCCAUUUACCGAGAAGAGUUCAAUACAUUUAUCCACAAUUCAAUAAGUUCGGGUCUGAUGAAUCACUGGCAAAAUUGGGUGUACACUGACAUGGUCGCUGCUGGGAAACUUAAUAUAACUUUAUCAACACAAACGAAGCAGGGACAUAUCCUAACCACCGAGGAUCUAUAUUGGAUAUGGUGGCUGUACGGUGCGGGAAUGGGAUUGGCUUUUUUAGUUUGUCUUGCAGAGCUUUAUUCUAAACGAAAGCUCGACAAGUAA